AUGGAUGUGACCCAAACUGUUCCUGCUGGAAAUGAAGUUGUGGGCUCUACUAUGGCUCAAGGGCCAAGCUCCACUGUGGCUAACUUGCCUAGUCGUGUUGUGAGUCAAACUGUGGCUCCAACAACUGGCCAAACGGUUACUGUUCCGGUUAAUCAUAGAAAGAAACCGGAGAAAUUCAAUGACUUGAAUUUCAAGAGUUUAGCAGACAUGCUAUACAAUGUGUAUAGCACGAUGAAAACUGCUAAGGAGUUGUGGGAGUCUUUAGAUCGAAAAUACAAAAUUGAGGAUGCUGGGGCUAAAAAGUUUAUAGUCGGCAGAUUCCUAGAACUUCGAAUUGAAGAAGACAAUAAAAGUUCAGAAAAGAAGUGGUUCAAUCCUGAUGUUGCUAAAGCUAAUGUUGUGGAGCAUGGUCAAAGCAGUAAGAGUUACAAAAACAAGUUUGGGCCAUCCAGUGGAAAAAAGACCAAGCAUGGACCGAAAGGUGGAAUUUCUAAGAAAAAAUUUCAAGGGAAAUGCUUCAAUUGUGACAAAGUAGACCACAAAUCUUCGGAGUGCAGAAUGCCAAAGAAGAAGACGAAAGAAGCAAAUAUGGUUGACUAUAUGGCACAAGAUGUCUCAGAAAUAAAUCUCGCAGCCGUCAUUUCUGAAGUAAACAUGGUGGGUUCAAACCCUAAGGAGUGGUGGAUUGACACCGGUAUUACAAGGCAUGUGUGCUUUGAUAAAGAGCUGUUUGCUACGUUCGAAGCAAUUGAGAAUGAGGAGAAGCUGUUCAUGGAAAAUUCAGUAACCUCUGAAAUCAAGAGUCAAGGAAAGGUGGUUCUAAAGAUGACCUCGGGAAAGGAGUCGACUCUCAACAAUGUGCUAUAUGGAUGUCUUGCAAAAGUGGCUGUUCCAACACCAAAGAAGGUCCAAACAUUCCAGACAUACACAAAAACACGAUAA